CAGGGAAUAUAAUGGCUGACACUGGACGGAUAACGUACAUUGACUGAGGGGAUUCAUCAACAACACCGAAACGACUUAUUGCUAUUCAUUGAGAAACCAUCCUUCUCAUGUCUCUUAUAAUGAGCCGUUGACCAUAACGUGUUACGAUAAUUUCUCAAAAAACUCACUGAGGUGCGGAGAGGAGGAGGACAUGGCAACAGGGGGCUCCCCCUUUGACGACUGCGCAGACGAGCAGGAGCUUCAUAACUGGACCGUUACCAACGGCAGCAGCCUGGAGGACAGGCUCAACAACAUGGACUGGGGCAACCAGCAGAAGAAGGCCAACCGCUCGACGGAGAAGAACAGGAAGAAAUUCUCAGCCGGCGGCGUGGCGGAGAGCCGACUGACCAAUGACAUCUCCCCGGAGUCCACACCUGGCACGGGGCGGAGAAGGACGAACACCCCUCACACCUUCCCCCAUGUCAAGUACACCACCCAGAUGUCGGUGCCCGAUCAGGCCGAGCUGGAACGUCUCCGGCAGAGGAUCAACUUCACUGACCUUGAUGAGAGGAGCGUCGGCAGUGACUCCCAGGGCCGUGUAACAACAGCCAACAACCAGCGAGAGCUGGCGGCGGAAAACAAAAAGCCCUUCAAAUUCCUGCCGCUUCACGUGAACACCAACAAGAGCCGGGAGGCGCCCUCAGCCUCGGCCCCCACAACCCCCUCCGUCGCCGCCACAGCCAAAAAGCAGAGCCCUGGCCUGGGUCUCAGGGACGCGUUCACCCCCUCCCAGCCCAGCAAUGACACCCCCAGGCUAGGUAGAGGGGCCGAGAGAGGGCUCCUUCCCCCUAGGGAGGAUGGGAGAGGAGAGCUCAGCAUCGACAGUAGCCAGGUGGUGAGCAAGCUGGUUCAGAUCCGGGAGUACAUCGGCAAGGCCAGUUCCAUGAGGGAUGACCUGGUGGAGAAGAAGGACAUCCCGGCCAAUGUGGAGCGCCUCACCCACCUCAUCGCCCACCUCAAGGAGCAGGAGAGGUCCUACCUCCGCUUCCUGCAGAAGAUGCUGGCGAGGGAGAACGAGGAGGACGAGGUCGGAACACUGGACUCGGCCGUGGGUUCAGGCUCAUUGCCAGAGAGCGCCUCCCUCAACAUGGAGGUGCGCUCCUCGGACGUCUCCAACGCCACUGGCCGUGUUGCAGGCCGCAGUGAACAGAAGGAGGAGCUGGAGAACUUGAGGAAGCAGCACGAGCUCCUGAAGAAGAUGCUGGAGCAGCAGGAGCAGCUCAGGGCUCUACAGGGCCGCCAGGCAGCACUACUGACCAUGCAGCACAGCUCUCAGCACGCCUCCCACACCAUGGCUGACACCGUGCCGACAGAGACCACAGGCAGUGUGUCAGGGCUGAGCAUCACCUCGGAGCUGAACGAUGAGCUGAACGACCUCAUUCAGCGCUUCCACAACCAGCUGCACGACUCCCAGACCAAGGCAGCAGUCCCAGACAACCGCAGACAAGCCGCGAGCCUCUCCCUCUCCCGGGAGGUCUGCCGCUCUUGCUCCUCCCAGCCUUCCCCUCCUCCCCGUUCUGCCGCCUCCUCUUUCCUCCAUCCCCCCCCUCUCACCUCCCUGACCUCCAUCAGCCUUACAUCGGCCUCGGCGGCGAGCGCCAAGCUGACCAAGCUGCAGGAACUGCAGGACAAGAAGCAGACCAUGGACAAGAUCCUGCAGGAGCUGCACUCGCUCCGUGACCAGACCCUCAACAACAACUCCCGUCGCAGCGCCAGUGUGCCCCUGUCCUCUCAGCAUAGCCUGGCUCUGGGCGCAGACCCCUCCUCGGACCGCCCGUCUGCCCUGUACAGAGAGCCCAACGGGGCCUCAGCCAUAAGACGGGAUGCCUCCACCUACCACCCCUCCACACACACCCAGCAACCCCAGCAUGAGGACGCCCCAGCUGACAAACUCCGGAAGCUGAAGGAGGUGCACAAGCGUUUGAAUGAGCUGCGUGAGCUAGUACAGUACUACGAGCAGACAUCGGACAUGAUGGUGGACACGGUCAACGAGAACGUGGAGGAGGAGGAGGUGGAGACUGAGGAGGAUGGCUCCAUGCUGGAGACCAUGUUCGACUCUGAGCAGGAGAACCGCCGGCCCAUCACAAACAUCAGAAACCCACAGCAUUCUGGGAACUGGACAGAAAUGAACAGUCUGACCAACGGCCGAGGAGGAGGCAGCACCAACAACCAUGCUGACGGCAGGCUCAACACAGAGUGUGAGAUCAACAACCGCUCUACAGCAGCCAACCUCCGCAGCCUCAACAUCCCCUCAGCCAUAGAGUGCCAGUACAACCGGCCCUACAACCAGGUCAAUGACGAUGAUGAUGACGAUGCCCUGGAGGAUGAAGAGGUACGGGGGGCCAGGGGCCGGGAGAGCGAGGGCUCGGGGUCGAGCAGGAGGAGCAGCCUGGGGAACGAUGACGCAGACUUUGCCCACAAAGUUCACCGGCUGCAGACUGCCAAGCAGAAACUACGGCAGCUCCAGGAGCUGGUGGCCAUGGUGCAGAGUGACGAUACAGACGCCACCACGGCCAACGAGGACGAGGGCCUCCACCAGCAGCCCAACAACACCAGAGGUGCUGCUGCUGGCUCCUCCUCUGCAGCCAGGAGCCCCAGAGACCUCACCCUCACAGACAAAGCCAGGGAGAAGCUGUAUGAGGAGAAGCUUCGUCAGCAGCAGCAGGAGUUGCAGCAGCUUCACGAGGAACGCCAGCGGCUGAUGGAGAUCCAAGACCAGAUACAGGACCUGCAGUGGGCCUGCCCCGACCUGCAGUCGUCAGUGUCCAGCAGCACAGUGAGUCAGCAGGCCCUGAUGAGGAAGGUCCCGGCUGCAGCUUCCACCCCAGCCCCUCCCCCUGCUCCUGCUGCAGCCCCCAAAGCGAAUGCUUCACCUGCCGCCACCGCCACGCUCAAACCCACAGCCCAGGCCGCCGCGAACGCCUCUGUCACCGACAACGAGCAGCUGUGGUGUGAGAUGCGGCGCCACCAGAUCCUGCGGGAGGAGCUCCGCCAGCGGAGGAAGCACCUGGAGUCCCUGAUGGCCGAGCACCAGAGGAGGAGCGGCCUCAGCAACUCCCCCUACAAGAUGGAGGACCCAGAGGGUCACGCCGCCGCCACGCAGCCACUCAGCAGGGACGAGAGGACCAUGGCCACAUGGGGUGGCUCCACCCCCUGCCAACUGGACGAGGACUGCUACCCCUCUGAGUUGUGCGCUGAGGAAGAAGAAGAAGAAGAAGAAGAGGAGGAGGAUGAUGAUGAAGAAGAAGACGGAGCAGAGUCCAGCUCCAGUGAUGACCUGCAUUGCUACUCCACUAGGAAGCAGAGAUCCUACAGCAACAGGAAGACACUGGGCAGCAACGUUCUGAAGCCGCCCCAACAAUUUGCAUCCGAAGCUAGUGGCCGUCCCUCUCCCCGUUCUCGAGGCAAACAACAGCAACAAGCCCACGGUGGCGUCAGCAUCGGGGGUGCGAGGCGCCAGGAGAACCUACGCUGGGCGGCCGAGCUGUCCUUCCAGGAGGGGUCUGGGUUGGCAUCACGCCACUGGCAGGAGCAGGUGGGCACACUACAGAGGCAGCUGGACUUCAGUACCAGCAUGUGUCAGACCCUACUGCAGGAUCAACAGACGCUGUCCUACAUGCUCCAGACCCUGCUGACAGGACCGCACAACGCGCUGCCUAACAACCUGUCCUCUCCCCAGGUUCACCUGGUCAUGCACCAGCUCAGCCAGUGUUACACACAGCUGGCCUGGCAGCAGAACAACGUCGAAAGACUGAGACUGGUGCUGAGCGACCUGCUCCGUCAACAACAGCAGCAGCUGUCUUCGUCUUCAGGUCAGCAGCCCCAGAACCAGGGCUCCACGUCCCGGGACUCCGGCAGUGCCUGUCCCCCCCCUCUCCCCCACCAGCCUCUUUCUCCCCUUCACCACCUCCAUGCCCCCCCUCUGUCAACCAGGCCCUCAACCUGCCUCCCGGCCUGGCUGGAUUCUUGCCCUUCUCCUCCGGGACUGGGGUUUAACUUCAACCCCCUGUUCCCUUCUGCUAUGGGUGAGUUCCUUCAGAGUGCUGGUGGCCAAGCCAGCCCAGACAACCAACAGCAGCAGCAGCUGGAUCCCAACACCUCAGAGUACUUGAGCUUCCCCCCGCCCCUACAACGCUCCCCACUCAACACUGUAGACAAAAGGCCCCAGAAGCAGAAUGAAGGAAGCAGCAGUCGUGGCCAUGAAUCUGGUUGGCUCAACGUCUCCCAGCCGCCAGCUCCUAUCAACGAAUCCCCCUCCCCUCUACCCUAUAGAGGGGCAAACAUCCCCCGGCCCCAGGCCUUCGACCAGGCCUCCCAGGAGAGCUUCAGCAGCAUGCCGGACCCAGCUGACCCUACCACCGUCACCAAGACCUUUAGGGCAGGACGUAAGGUCUCUGCCCAGGCCUUCCUGGCCUCCCGAGACAAGACGCCCAACUCCAAGAGGAGGACCCGGCGGACCAAGGGACACCACAAGAACAUGGGAGUGGAGAGUGACAGCGUGUCCAGCACGGCCGACUUUGUCCAGGAGAGGGCGCCGCAGCCCCAUCGUCAGCGGGAUCAGAACCAGAGCCUGCUGGACAAACUGACCCAGGAGAAACUGGACAGCAAGACCAAGACCGGCAACAAGCCCAACGACCUCUCCUCCGCGUAUGCUUGGAGAACACCUUUCCUUUCUAACAGAAUUGCAUGCACUGAAGUACCAGGUGCCAGCAGUGACUUCUCCCUGUUCGAGGCCCUUAGGGAGACCAUCUACUCAGAGGUGGCCACACUUAUCUCCCAGAACGAGUCGCGGCCCCACUUCCUCAUCGAGCUCUUCCACGAGCUGCAGCUGCUCAACACCGACUACCUGCGCCAGAGGGCACUCUACUCCCUACAGGACAUAGUGACCAGGCACUUGACGGACAAGAGUGCGGCCGAGGACCAGGCCUCCCUGGGUCCCGUGGCCUGGGCGGCCGGCUCCCAGUCAGAGCUCACCCCAAGUGAGAGCCUGGCCACCAGCGACGGGGACGUGUCGGUGAAGAAUAUCCGGGUCAUCAAGCAUCACGACCCGAGUAAGAGGCGGAAUGACGCAGAAUCGGUGGACAACGAGAGCACCCUGUCCACCACCUCCAACCUGGAGCCGUUCGCUAAUGACGAUUUAGGUAACACAGUGAUCCACUUAGACAAGGCUCUCGCCAGGAUGAGGGAGUAUGAGCGCAUGAAGCUCAAGGCUGAGCUUAGUCCCAACACCACUGCUGCUACUGCCUCUGAGGCCUCUGCUAACUCUUCUGCUAGCGCUGCUCAGCUGCUGGAAGGUGCGGGAGUCUGGUCAGGUGACGUCCACUGUCCCCAGAUCGACACCCAGCAGCUGGAUCGACAGAUUAAGGCCAUCAUGACUGAAGUCAUCCCCUUCCUCAAGGAGCACAUGGACGAGGUGUGUUCCUACCAGCUGCUGACGUCGGUGCGGCGCAUGGUGCUCACCCUCACCCAGCAGAACGACGAAAGCAAGGAGUUUGUACGCUUCUUCCACCGACAGCUGGGAGGCAUACUGCAGGACUCUCUGAGUAAGUUUGUAGGACGUACUCUAAAGGACUGUGGUGAGGACCUGCUGGUGGAGAUAUCUGAAAUCCUGUUUAACGAGCUGGCCUUCUUCAGACUCAUGCAGGACCUGGACAGCAACAGCAGUAGUACUGCUACUAUAGCUAACUCCCAAGCCAGACACAAGAACCACAGGAGACAAUCCCCUAAUAAUAACCAAGUCAAGCGUGAACACAGGAAUAAUGAGGAGAACAAGUCGCCGGCGGUCAAGAAGUCCUUUUCCCCAGUGUAUCUUGAAGACAAAGAUGAAGACGAGACGGAGCAGAAAGAGACUAAGAGGAAGGACAGCAGGAGCAGCGAGACCUCUGAGAUGGAGGACGAUGGAGAGAGUCUGCCUCUCUCUAUUAGUCUGUCCAAGGCGGAGACCCAGGCCCUGACAAACUACGGCAGUGGGGAGGAUGAGAACGAGGUGGAGGAGAUGGAGGAGUUUGAAGCUGAGCCCCAGGACGUCCAGACCUCCCUGCAAGCUAGCAAUGACGGAGUCGAGCAACGGGGAGCAGCAAAUGAAGUCCCAGCAAAUGGAAACCGAGAGACAAAGUCAGACCAAGAAAGCUCUGAGAGUAACGAUGUCAAGAGCAGUAAGUCCGAGUCCAUCGAGGUGGUGGACUCCCCAGAGGAAGAGGGGGAGGGUGUGGAGCACAGGAGGCCAGAGGGGGAGAGCCAGGGAGGUGUGGCCUCAGCCACCACCAACUACCAGGAGGGCUCCCACUCCCAUGGCUCAAACAGCAGUGGCAGCCCUGACACAGAGUCACCCGUCAUGGUCAACAUAGAUGAGGUGGGAUCAGGAAACACGAGCCAGAAGUCCGACGAGGAAGACUUUGUCAAAGUGGAGGACUUACCCAUGCAGCUCAGUGUCAUAUGUGAGGAAGCGCUCCAGAAGAGGAUAGUCGAGGAACAGCAGAAUAAUAAUCUGUCUGCUGAGAUCCUCAAUGGGAACACUGACACACUGGCUGGACUAGUGGGCAAUGGACACACACUCAAAGAACCAGAAACGAUAGGUGCACAAAGUGCAUGAAAAUAAUCUUGCACGAACAUUGUCGGAUUGACCACUACAGAAUCAUCCUAAAGAUGUUCAGACUCCUAUUUGUACUUGAUUGAUUUAUUGGAUGGCGAGACAAUGUCAUGACGUGUUAGUGACUGAGCGUCACUCAACGGUUAGAACAACUAAAACUGUCAUGUAACCAACACUGUUUUUGUUUAUUUCUACUCCCGAGGCUGUAUCUAUGAAGCACAUCAUAGGAGUGCUGAAGAUCUAAGAUCAGUUUGGUCUUUUAGAUAAUACAUAGUGUAUGGACAAGUUGGACCUGAUCCUAGAUCAGCACCCCUGCUCUGAGAUGGUUGAUACAUACUGCCCCUGAUUCCUGAAUGUGUUCUAUGAUUUGUUGCUAAUUUGGGGUUUUAGGGCGGGGUUUCUCUCUCGAUCAAUGCUGCUGUUACAAGCCUCGUUUGAAUCCUCUAAGUCUAGUAAACUUGUUAAAUCACCUUAGUUCUGUUUGUCAUUUUGAAUUGUUCUGUCUUCUUGGCCUCGUUUAAUUCUCUCUCGCUAGCUCCCAUGCUUUUUUAAAGCAUCUGACCCUUUGAACUACAACUACAUUCAGCCUGCCGGUGAGGCGUUUCAUCCUCUUUGGCUGUAACGACCACAUUGUCACCUAAUUUCCUCAUUUCAUGGGGCUGUCGGUCAUCUUUACAUGUUACCUUUUUGUAGGCAUGUUGACAUUUUGUUUUGCUUGUUUCUUGGGGCAGUUUCCCACUGUAUGUAGUUAAGAAUAAAAUGGAACUUUGCAAAGUG